CGGGAGACGGCAGAGCCAAACGCGUAAGGCGUGAGAACAAAACUUCCCGCUUCCGAGGCUUCAGCCGACGUCCGAUCGUCACAUUACAAAGCGGGUGAUUGUUGCUGUGUCAAGCCCACUAGGAGCCAGCGUAUAUAUAGCAAGCGAGCCCUUGAAGCUCCUCAAAAACGGACGUACUGUCUUUUACCCGAAUAGUCUCUCGUACAGAAUGUUUACAGGAAUUGUAGAAGUUAUGGGUACGGUUGCCGAAAUCGUGCCCAUGGACACUACCAGCACGGGAGGCGGAGGGUUCUCGCUUACCGUCGGGGAUGCACAGGUCGUAUUGCCCGAUGUCAACUUGGGCGACAGCAUCGCCGUGAACGGCGUGUGCUUGACAGUGACCGCUUUCGACGAUGCACGGACCUGGUUCAAGGUCGGCAUAGCCCCAGAGACGUUACGGAAGACCAGCCUUGGCGAUCUGAAGGUGAACGAGAAAGUGAAUUUGGAGCGAGCCAUGUCCGCCUCAACUCGUUUCGGCGGUCACUUCGUCCAGGGACACGUCGACACCACGGUCACAAUCCACACCAUCACCCCCGACCCGCCAAACUCCCUCCUCCUCAAGUUCCACCUGGCCCCUCCAACGCCUGCGAAUCCCAUCGACCAUCUACGCUACAUCAUCCCCAAAGGCUACGUCACCCUCGAUGGAACGUCGCUGACGGUGGUUGAUGUGGACUACAUCCAGCGAACAUUCUCCGUGAUGUUGAUCGCGUACACGCAGGAGCAUGUCGUGCUACCGAAGAAGAAGGUGGGGGAGAAGGUGAAUUUGGAGGUGGAUCAGAUCGGGAAGUAUGUGGAGAACGUCGCGGUGGCGAUGCUGAACGCUGGUGGGGAUGGCAGGGAGAAUGUGUUUGCAGGUCUGAUAAAAAAGGUCGUAGAUGAGCAGUUGGAGAAGAGGGAGGCCGAGAAGAAGUGA